UAACCAAGCCGAAGCUAAUAGGGGGCUACCGGCUAGUGUUAGCCUGCGGAGAACUGAUGUCUAAUCGCUAAUCAAUGAGCCACAGCGACCGAAACCAGUUUGAUAUGAGGUUAAACAGCAGACAGACGGACAGCUCAUAGCUAAGCUAACAUCGAGCUUGACACUGUGCUAACGUUAGUUAAAAGUGUUUUAUGAGUGAGUUAGCAUGUUAGUAUGUUGCUCUGAUCUUAGCAUCAGGUCUGUAAACAGGAGUCAAAGUCAGUUUAUUAUUAUUAUUAUUAUUAGUAUUAGUAGUAGUAGUAGUAGUAGUAGUAGUAUAAAGUGAUCUGUGAUCAUGUGACUUAAAUUUGAAGCAGCUUUUUUUCUCUCUUAAUGAUAAACAUGGUUAUGUUUGUUAUAAUUCAUUAAUUCGUUAAUUAGACACGUGGCAGCGUUAAACGACUCAUUCAGUCUUAUUGAUCCAGGUGUGUGCGUGUGACAGAGAGAGAUCAGACAUCUUGUUAUAACAUGAACAACACUGUCAAAGAUGGACGACAAAACAGUUCUCCUUCUAAAAUGGAAAAUUAUUUUUUGAAAGCUGGACUGGUACAACAUUUUUAUCUAUAGUCAUAAUUUAGAUGUUUUUCUUACAUUUAUAUUUAUCAGACACUUUUGUUCGAAGAGACUUACAGUAAUUCAUACAUACAUUCACACACUGAUGGUGGUGGCUGUUUUUUUGUUUAUUUUUUUAAUGAAACACUAUCAAAAUUGAAUAAUCUUUGGUAUUAUCUCUAUUAGAACCAUUGAACUGAACAUUAGGGCCCAGUCUGGUUCACUUCACCCUCUCAGUGAAAAGUUAUGGUGAAACUCGAACUGGAGGAUUUGGAAGCAAGGCGCCACAGUACAGUGAAGUCCAAAAGGCAGUGAAUGCAGCACAGAGUCUCCAUCACAGAUGGAGCGAGCUGUUGCAGGAGGGGGGCGGUGCCUCCAAGGAGGAGAUGGACUGGACAACCAAUGAGCUGAGGAACAGCCUGCGCUCCAUUGAGUGGGACCUGGAGGACCUGGAUGAGACAAUCAGCAUCGUCGAAUCCAACCCAAAGAAGUUCAACCUGGACACAGCCGAGCUGACGAAGAGGAAGGCUUUCAUCACCUGCACCAGACAGACGGUCAAGGAAAUGAAGGAGAAGAUGUCGAGUCCAACGUCUGCCUCGGUGGACAGAAAGAACAAACAGGCUCUGCUUGGUGAGCAUGGUGCUCAGGGUCCGAUCUGGCAGCCCGGUCCUGAUAAAUACAGCCGACUGGACCGACAACUGCAGAAUGCCAACUCGCAAUUUAUAGAGGAACAGCAAGUCCAGCAGCAGCUGAUAGCGGAACAGCAGGAUGAACAGCUGGAGCUCGUGUCGGGAACAAUCGGAGUCCUGAAGAACAUGUCAGAAAGGAUCGGCAUGGAGCUGGACGAACAGGCCGUGAUGUUGGACGACUUCAGUCAUGAGGUGGACAACACUCAGUCCCGACUGGACAACGUCAUGAAGAAACUGGCCAAAGUAUCUCACAUGACUAGCGAUCGUCGUCAGUGGUGUGCAAUUGGCGUGUUGCUCACCAUCCUCUUUGUUGUCAUCCUCCUCUUCUUCAUCAUCUGACUGAUACCCCCUCCUAUCAGCACAUAAUUCAUCUUAAUGCUGUGUCUCCUGGACUCUACUGAACUCUGUUGGACUCUACUGAACUCUCUUAGACUCUCCUGGACGGUGUUAGACCUGACUGAAAUGUACUGGACUCUUGCAGAGUCUUUUGGACUCUUCUAGACUCUUGGACUCCCCUGGGCGUUCUCCUCCCUCUGAAAGGCACUUUUGGUUCUUUAAGUGUUUGACUGUUAAAAAUAUCGACGAUGUGGAAACAUGUUUGAUGUUUUAAUGCUUAAUGUUUUCUUUAAAGGGCUGAAAAUAACCAGUUUAACUCCCAUUAAACUUCAGUCUAAUUUUACUUAACACCAGUUUACCUCUAGAUAAACUCAUUCAAGUUUUACUUUGAGUAAUUUAGGCUUAGGCUAACAUAGUCUAAUUUAACUUCUAUGUAAUUCUACAUUGAAACCAGUGAAUUUGGUUUUAAUUGGUUUAAUUACAGCUCCAGUGUGGGUUUUUGCAUCCACCUUUAUUAUUCUAAUCCUUUUAAUCCUGCUUCAGUUCAGGUUUAAUCCUGUUUCAGUUCAGGUUUAAUCCUGCUUUAGUUCAGGUUUUAUCCAGAGUCUUUACUCUGAGGUUUGAAGAAAAUAAUAUUUUAGCAGAAAUUAUGUAAAACACUAAAAUGUCCUGUUUAUGUUUUUGUGAUUUUCUGUUUACACUAAGCGUUUGUUAUAUUGACUUUAAGUGACUGAUGUUUAAUGUUUUGUUUUUUGUCUUAAGUUUCCUCCAACAGUUUAUUCUGUUCAUUUUAUUUUAUUUUCUGUACCAUAUUGAUCAGUUUAUUAGUGAGUGGAACCCUCUACUGCUAAACUGUCAUUAAGACCACUCAAUUCCUGCUGCUUCUUGCAAUAAAAGCCUUUCUCUAGUGAACAUCUGUUAGGCUUUUAAUGUAAAACAGCAGGAAGCGGAUACCUGAAGGUAAACAACACUAUUUUAAUAUAAAUUAGUUGAAAUAAGGUAACAGGUUGGCUGUAAGACAAAGCAGCCAGUCACAUCAUCCCCCACCAUUAUGUCUAUGGUACGCAUGGCGGUGAAAUUUACACAUCAGAAAGUGAUAUCAUGUUACAAGAAAAAAUAUUACCUGUUACUAUUCUACCAAAUUAAAAGUACAGUGUUCACUGUGUCAGAUCACUCUGACUGAUGGAAACAACACUAAUUAAAUACAUAAAUCAAUGCUAACUUUCUUUUGUUUAAUGUGUUUAUUCAGUGGAGUCUAUCAACAUGUUGUAGCACUAACUUGUAAAUCCAUCCAGUGGUUUCUGACACAUUUUGAUAAUAAGAUUUUUUUUUCUUUGAAUGAAAAUGUCGAUUUUAUCUUAGAUAAGAUUUGUGUUUUCUGUUAUGCACAGCAUUUUUUUUUAUUUAAACAAAUUAAGCAUAAAGUUUUCCUUCUUU